AUGAACACCGAAAACCUCCCAGACUACCUGACCAUCCCAGGGAAAACGAUUCCCAGCUUUCACUGCCGCGUUGGCAGAGAUCACAAUGAUCGUCAGCCUCAGCCAGCCAACACCUACGGAUUCCCUGUGCCGGGCGUGCAGGGACCCUCUCCUGCGUCAGUCAUGGCCCUUGACUACUUCGCAAGUGACCGGACUUGGGGUAAUAUACUGUCCCAUGGAGACUUUGAUUACAUCGUUGUCGGUUCAGGCUUUACUGCUCUUGCAUUCAUUCAGAAGGCCCUCGAACUCGACCCGUGUGUCAAGAUUCUUUGCUUGGAGCGCGGAGGCAAGUAUUCCCUGUAUGGCUUCUGGCUUCCGUCUCACUUUCAGAACCUACCAAUUCCUUUCAAAAUGGUACUGGGCGGGCCUUCUGAGACAUUCCCCUGGACCCUCUCACGCAAGACCUUUGAAACAAAGGAGCUCAAGUUUUGCCACGGCUCUUGCCCAUUCUUCGGCGGCCGAUCUACAUUCUGGUCCGCUUGGAGCCCAAGACCAACGCUAGACCUCAUGCGCGAUUUCCCCGAGACUAUGAAAAAGACUGCUGAGCAAGAGGAAUUCUGGAAAAAAGCCAAAGAGCUCUUAAAUGUCACAUCCGCAGACCAGAUCGACGAUAGCGUCUUCGGAAGCCUACAAACUGCCAUUGAUAGCAUUCUCAAAGACUCGGUUGGCAAGAUUCCUACCGCGGACUAUGUCGAGUCAGCCCCGCUUGCCGUUGGAAAGCGCAGCCCAACUUCCCGUCUGCGAUUCAACAAGUUUUCUGUUCCUGGGCCUCUUCUCGGCAUCUUGGAACAACAGAGGCAGCUGGCUAAAGCUAACAUGGGAGCGCCUUUGGAGAUAGUGGUUGACUGUGCGGUAAAAAGCAUGGCCAAAGGCGACGACGACAACUUUGUCCGCGUUGUCGAAACCAGCAAGGGUACGUUGUCGUGGACUGGUAACAAGACCAGGAUCAUCCUCUGCGCUGGCGCCAUUCCCAACGCAACGAUGCUGCUGAACUCUUUCGAGAGUUGCCGCGACACUGUUGGUAAGAGACUGACCGGCCAUUACGUGACACACAUCUCAGCAAGAUGCCCUGUGAAGAACGUCAAGGGCUGGAAAAAGGAAGACACGCUCAAGAUCGCUGCUGCGUACCUGGCUGGCAAGGAUCCCAAGACUGGCCUACAGUAUCACGUUUCGGUCACGGCGUUGAAUAGUCCCAACCCGAAAGACGACGCAGAGGACGCGGCUCGCGAAUGUCCAGAUUAUGCUGCUGCGGCGACGCUCGAUCAACUGACCGGCUCUGAGGACUACGUUGUGUUUGUCUGCUCGGCCCUUGGGGAGUUCAACGAGAAGAACACUAAGAACCAUGUCACUCUCAACAAAGGCACUGACCCGACUUGCAACGUCACCCUGCAAUACACCUUGAGCGACGAGGAUUAUGCCUCUUGGGACGUGAUGGAUACGGCAACCUACGAUACUAUUAAAGAGAUGUCGGGCGGCGAUGAACACGAGUCGAGCAUUGAAUGGUGGGAUGAGAAAACUCACGGGUGGAUUAAAACGAAGCCAGCAGUCGACACUAUUAGAAUCCCUGGUAUUGUUCAUGAGUCAAGCACUUGUUUCAUGGGACCCAAGGAAAUCGGUGGUUCUGUGGAUGAGCUCUAUCGUCCUCAUGGGAUUGAGAAUGUUCAUGUCACUGGAUCCGCCCUUUUUCCAACCGCGGGCAGUUGGAAUCCUACGAUGACCAUGUGUGGAUAUGCCCAAGACUUGGCUCACAAGCUGCAUAAAAUGAAGCCUCAAGAGGACAAGUGA